AUGGAAAACAAUGCAUAAAAUUAAUCUAUGAAUAAAUGCCAAUUUAUUCAAAGCUGUUAUGAUGGAGUGAGCGAUGGAUUUAAAUUUAAAUCUGCAAUAAUCAUUUAAGAAUGCCGUUAUUCUUCCUUAAAUACAAUGAUACCGCAACUAAAUGUGAAUAAUGUUUAAUGGAAUCAAACAGAAUUUAUUAUUCUAGUGAUUCUUAUAUUGGAUGCUAUGAUACUGGAGUUGAAAAUUGCCAUUACUCUUGCUUAGCUUGCAUUUCUGGAAAUGCUAAUUCCUUUACAUCAUGUUUCCACAUGGGCAGUUCAAAUAUGUUACUUUAUAAUAAUACACGGCAGUGUUUAUUUGGAUAUUUAGAUGAUUGAAAAUCAACAUCAUGUUAAAAUACGAUAUUUAAAGUUUAUGUUGUUUUGA